UCCUCAGAAUAUUCCUCAAAUUAAUUAUCAUAACUUUCUUUAUGUAUUAAUUUAAAACAUAACCUCUCUUAUCUACAUGUGCAAGUGUAUAUAAAAUCCACCACAACUCAACAGUGUCACUCCCAUUAUUGGUAGGGCAAAAGGCCGUACACCAAAAGCGGUGGUAUGUGGUCAACGCAACAUCCCUCACAAUGGAAACUAGCUAAGGCAUUGAGGCAAAAAGAUCAAAAGAGGAAACUGCAUGCAACUAAAAAGAAGUGUCAACACUUGCAUUGUGUCAGCUCAUGUUCAAUGUAAAGACAGGUCAGAUUAUGGCUUGAUUUAUUUAUUUAUUUAGUUAACCAUAUAUUAACACCUGGACAAAAUAAUAUAAUCAAAAUGGUAUAAUGUCUUAUUGAAAACAUUGUUUUCUGGGUAACAGAAAAUCUGCUCUGCUCAAUGUGCCCCGCCGUAUCUGGGAGGGGAAGUCUUGAAUUCACAGGAGUUUGAGUUGCAUAAUGUUAAAGUCAAACAAAUGAUGCAUACAAAUAAUGAAGGCAAUGAAUGUGGAGGUAAAGGGGGAAAACAAAUAUUGAUUACCUCUACCACAUUAUUCAAAACAAAUUAUACAUGACAAGACAACACAUAUUUGAAUGUGCUCGUAGGACCUUCGGAGGCAUACAACCAUAUAAGUGAGCAGUAGAUGGCGCCACUGUUCGUCUUUUCCAGUUUGGGACUGAACCGCCGUAUUCUCCUGCUUCCAGGUGCUGCAGUUGAGCCCUUUCGCUUUCCGUACAGGAAUUUGAAGACUGCAUUACGUCAGUUAUCCUGCCAGCGGCAAGGAAGCCGCCUGGCCCAGUAGGAGUGGAGUUACUGCUUUUUCUGUGGAGAAUUAAAGGGAAUUGUGUGUGUUUCUUGUCCUGAGGAAUCGAGAGUUGAGAGUCCUGCUUGAACGACGGGGAGGAAACGUUGAAGCGGCGCAUCGCAGCUCUCCUGCUUCAGUAUGAACAGCGUGUGAAAGGAUUUCAAUUUCGACGACACUCACCAAGUAGAUGGAGGAACCAGAAGGUACAGAUACGUGUUACUGUGCGGGAUGUGGAGGAGAAAUCCAAGACUCGUUUCACACGAAAGUCCUCCAGGACACCUGGCACAACGCCUGCUUUCAGUGUUCUGUGUGCUGUGACCACCUGACUAACUGGUACUAUGAGAAGGAAGCCAAGCUGUACUGUCGCAAGCACUACUGGGAGGAGUUUGGAGAGCUCUGCCAUGGAUGCUCCCUACUCAUGACUGGACCUACCAUGGUGGCCGGAGAGCACAAGUAUCACCCAGAGUGCUUUGUGUGUCUGAGCUGCAAGGUGGUGAUUGAGGACAGGGAUACCUACGCCUUAGUUGAGCGAUCCAAACUUUACUGUGGAAAGUGCUACAAGCAGGUGGUUCUUACACCCAUGUUGGAAAAGUGCUCCCACGACUCCGUGAUCGACUCCCUGCCACACACCGUGACCCUCAUCUCGAUGCCCUCUGCAGCCAACGGCAAGCGGGGCUUCUCUGUCACGGUGUUGAGGGACGUCAGCGGCUCAGCGAGUGUUCAAGUCAAAGAAGUCAGAGGGAUGCUCAUUAGUCCAGAGGUCCGAAAUGCCAUCCAUGUUGGGGACAGGAUCCUGGAGAUUAAUGGCCUUCCUGUGGGGACAAUGAUGCAGGAGGAGGUGGAUGAUCUUAUCCACCGCACCAGUCACACGCUGCAGCUACUUAUGGAGUAUGACCCAGUCAGGCAGCGUUUAGACUGCCUCAGACUGGGAGCGCCAACAACCCGCCUGGGAGUCCCAGCUACGUCCCGCAUGCGCCUGUCCUCGUCCUCUGACACGUUCCUAGAGAGAACUGAUGUGGUUGAUGACGGCACACUGAAAAGGAGGUCCUUGAGGCGCAGUAACAGCACAUGUCAGUCACCAGGGCCAAAUUCUCCUAAAGAGAUGCCUUUUAUUACCCGAGACAUCGGCCGCUCUGAAUCCUUGAGAUCCUCCAGUAGCUGCUCUCAUCGCAUCUUCCGGCCACAUGACCUCAUCCACGGCGAGAUCUUAGGAAAAGGCUUCUUCGGGCAGGCUAUCAAGGUGACCCUUAAAGCCACAGGAGAAGUGAUGGUGAUGAAGGAGCUGAUCCGUUGUGACGAAGAGACCCAGAAGACUUUCCUAAAGGAGGUCAAAGUAAUGCGAUGCCUCGAACAUCCCCACGUGUUGAAGUUCAUUGGUGUGCUAUACAAGGACAAGCGGCUCAAUUUGAUAACUGAGUAUAUUGAGGGAGGUACCCUGAAAGAUUUCAUCAGAGACACGGAUCCAUUUCCAUGGGAGCAAAGGGUGAGCUUUGCAAAGAGCAUCGCCUCUGGCAUGGCCUACCUUCACUCAAUGAGCAUCAUACACAGAGACCUCAAUUCUCACAACUGCCUGGUCAAACUGGACAACACUGUGGUUGUCGCUGACUUUGGACUGUCCCGACUCAUACUAGAGGACAAAGUUAAGCCUCUACCUGAAAAACCAACCAAUAAGAAGAGGGUGUUCAGGCGCAUCGACCGAAAGAAGCGCUACACUGUCGUGGGAAACCCUUACUGGAUGGCUCCAGAGAUGCUAAAUGGUAAACGCUAUGAUGAGAAGGUGGACAUUUUCUCCUUUGGAAUUGUACUCUGUGAGAUCAUUGGAAAAGUCUAUGCAGAUCCUGAGUGCCUGCCCAGGACUCUGGACUUUGGCCUGAAUGUUGGCAAGUUUGUGGAGAAGUUUCUCCCUGAAGACUGUCCUCCAGCUUUCUUUCCACUGACUGUGGCCUGCUGUGACCUCACCCCAGACAACCGCCCACCUUUCCAGAAGCUGGAGGACUGGAUUGAAGCUCUGUCCCUCAACCAGGAGCUGGGGAUCCCCUUGCCAGCCGAACUGGAUGAACUUCACCAGAGAGCGAAUCGACUCUACAUGGCGAAGGACGGCUCCCCAUCCCAGAGCACAACUCAGUCAUUAACCCCAACAGCAGAACCUCCAGACUCAUCCAGCAUGACAGACAGCGGUACCUAGAACCUGUGCCCGUCAUCUUUGACCCCUCUGAACUAAUACUGUGGAUGAGAAAGAGGGAAAUUGCGUUGAAGCCGAAUCAUAUUAGAACUGGAUAACCUGUGGUAGUCACCUUAACCUCCUUGUGUGGCACCUUAACUCUGAGAGUGCCAGUAAACUGCAACAGGGGUGGAAAGACAUUUCAAAAGGACCAGUGUCGGUUACUAAUUAGUUCGACCUUGUUAAGGCCCCACGCAACAGACACACACUCACACACAGGGUUUUACUAAUGUUUAUGGUGUUUAAAGACAAUAUGCAACCUUCUUUGGUCCCGACAAAAGACGAACAUCUUAAUGAGACUCGAUGAGUCUGAUGUGACGGCAGUUUAGUUUUUCCGGCUCUGAAGAUGUGUGUAAUGCACUCAUCCGUCCUCGUCGACCAGAGGACUCGCUUCACUUCAGCAGCAAAGCAAACAAAGGUGCUUCACAGUCCGGCUGAUUGACAGGUCCAAGUAAACAGACCGCACAGCUCGAAGAAAACAGUUGUGACUUAAAAUUGCUGUGGAAGAAAAAACACACACUGACUGCGAAUAGUUUCAUCACCCUGAGAUUCGGCGAAGGAAUAUUUUAGAAUUUUUUUUGUGUCUAAACACCGCCGAUACAAUAAUUGACGAGAUGGUUAUAAGUAUGGUUCUGUACUUUGUAGACUAACGAUUUUUAAUAAUAUCUUUAGAAUGAUGAAUUAACUUUUUGCCACACUGACAUUUUGUUCAAAGUUUCUAUCAAACACCUGAUGGAUAUUAAAUAAAAAUAAAACUGGGCAGAAGGUAGGGCUGUUAUUAAUAAUUGUCAGACAUAAUCACUCGCACACAGAUCCACCAUAAGAAGUUGCUUUGUACAAAAUAACUGGAUUUUGUUUUUUCUUAAGCGAUGUAUAUAAAUAUGUACAUAUCAUGCCUCUAAUUAAGUGCCAUUUUCUAAUGGGAACUCUAGAUUUGUAGAUUUUUAGACAUUUUGUCAACUAUCGAGGUUUAUGCCUUUUUCGUCAUGCAUAUGACCACUUAUAACCACUAUUAUUUAUACCACUGUAGUGUUUCAUAAAUAAACCUUCUUGGAAGUA